AUGAGGACCUCUCCGUUCCUUGACAAGGAUUACAGUCACGAGCCCGCAGUUCUGGAGCCUCUGAUAUCAACGGCUGGAGAAAAAAAGGCGCGCUAUACUGGAACACGGCUGCAGCACCCCGCCUGUGGCCCACUCAUGGUGUUGUCCCGUUGGCUGGUCUAUCACAGUCUGGACGCCAACCUUGGCUCCGCUCUCUGUGGUGUGGAGCCGGUCCAAGCCCCAGAUAUCCAACCCUAG